UUUAGCUGAGUGCUGAUGUAAUAUUUUUUCUCACCUUUUCUUAGGUGGUAAGAAGUCGAGCCUGCAACUGCUUCUCCCGGCGGAAAACUAAGAUUUGCUAGCCCUUUUUCAUCGGCUUCUCUUCCAACGAAUAUCUUUUUCCCCUCUUUGCAUUUAUAAUGAUCCGGUUUAUUCUGCUCCAGAACAGGCAGGGCAAGACCCGGCUGGCUAAGUACUAUGUCCCCCUCGAAGAAUCGGAGAAGCAUAAGGUCGAGUAUGAGGUUCAUCGCUUGGUGGUAAACAGGGAUCCCAAGUUCACCAAUUUUGUGGAGUUCCGCACGCACAAAGUUAUAUACAGAAGAUAUGCUGGGCUUUUCUUUUCAAUGUGUGUUGAUAUAACCGAUAAUGAAUUAGCAUACUUGGAAUGCAUCCAUUUAUUUGUGGAGAUAUUGGAUCAUUUCUUCAGCAACGUAUGUGAGCUGGACUUGGUAUUUAAUUUUAACAAGGUUUAUCUGAUAUUGGAUGAGUUUAUUCUUGCUGGGGAGCUACAAGAAACAAGCAAGAAGGCCAUCAUUGAGAGAAUGGGGGAACUAGAAAAGCAAGAAUAAGGUUUGUGAGCAACAUAAAACCAUUGGAGUUAGUUCCCUUUUUGGCCCCGCUCGUUUAUUUCUCUCCAUUUACCACAUGAUUUAUCUAUUUUGAAAUCGUAAGACUUUAAUCUCCAAUCAUAUGCUUGACUAUUGAGAUUUUUAACAGCACUCUUUUAGGUUUAUAGAAUAUUCUGUAUUUUAUACUGCAAAAGAAUUUGAAACGAUGCAGGUUUUGUGAUUGAAUUGUUCCUGUGAAUCCGGUUAACAAAUCGGGAGAUUUACAUGUAUGCCUUAUAAUUCUUACACAUUUACAUAUCUAACACCUAAUGUUUGAUAUUUACACGUCUAACCUAUUUUGUGGAGGUUGCUUCUCAACACAAUCAA